AUGGACCCCAAUAUCAAGAUCCCGGUGGAGGUGGAUCCCACCGAGGACACAGAAUGGAACGAUAUUCUUCGUGCCAAGGGUAUCAUUCCAGAACGUCCUCCUUCUCCCACGGCAGAGCUUGAAGCUGCUCUUGAGGAAGCUGUAAAGAAGCAACAUGAAAAUCGUUUGGAAGGAAAAGAUUUGGAUGAGUUAGAUGAACUCGAAGACGAAGAAGAUGAAGAGUUUCUCGACACGUACCGCAAACAGAGAAUGCAACAGAUCAAAGAACUCACACAAAAACAAAAAUAUGGCUCGGUGUUGCCGAUAACAAAACCAGAGUACGAAAAAGAAGUCACAAAUGCUUCCAAAGAAUGUUUCGUUUUGUUACAUAUGACGUCACAGUCCAGCAUCCAAAGUAGACUUCUCAGUUCCUUGAUGGUGACAUUGGCUCUGAGGUUUCCUGAAAUCAAAUUCUGUGAAAUUCCUGCCAACCGAUGCGUGGAAAAUUACCCUGAUUCCAACUGCCCCACUCUUCUUGUAUACCAUGACACGGCAGUAGUGAAGCAGUAUAUCACACUCACGCAAUUGGGUGGAAACGAUACUAAGAUUGCCGAUUUGGAGAAGACUUUAGUGGGAAUCGAUGCGGUACCUGAAACCGAUAAAAGGCUCACCAUGAACCAGCUCGACGAUGAUUUGCAAGAAAGUCGAAAACUCCGGUUUAUGAAAAAGUCCAUUCGUGAAGAUGAUUCCGACGAUGACUUUGACGAUUAG